AUGUCUACCGGCGAAUACAUCUCCUUGGCCGACGUCCAGAGCCACAACUCCAAGGAAGACCUCUACAUGGUCAUCGAUGGAAAGGUCUACGACUGCACAAAGUUCAUCGACGAGCACCCAGGUGGUGAGGAAGUCCUGCUCGACUGUGGUGGCACUGACGCGACCGAUGCAUUCGAGGAUGUCGGUCACUCUGAUGAUGCGCGAUCGCUUCUUCCUAACAUGCUCGUCGGAGAGCUCGAUCCUGCUGAGGCUGCCUCGUCGUCAAAGUCCAAGCCCAACACUACUACUGCCAGCUCUUCCGGAUCUUCUUCUCCCAACUUUGUCACAAUCGCCGGUUUCGUGAUCAUGGCUGUCGCUGGAUACAUUGCUUACUUGCAGACCGUCGCUGCGAAGUCCGAGUAG